GAAAAGUGACAACAACAAAUUAUUUUUUGACAACUGUUGGAGAAAAAGCGGCGUUUUGUGAUUUUUCUAGUAGUAAACAAAAAUUUUAUAAAAAUUUUAUUUAUUAAACGAAAUCAUAAUUAAAUAAUGUCAAGUAGUUCAGUAGAUUUAAGUUCAUACCGCGACCAGCAUUUUAAGGGGUCCCGGUCUGAACAAGAGCGCUCACUGCGAGACUCCAGCACAUUGUAUGUGGGAAACUUAUCUUUUUAUACAACCGAAGAACAGAUUCAUGAAUUAUUUUCAAGAUGUGGUGAGGUUAGAAGAAUAAUCAUGGGAUUGGAUAAAUAUAAGAAAACUCCCUGUGGUUUCUGUUUUGUAGAGUAUUACCAGAGAAAUGAGGCUGAAAUAGCAAUGAGGUACGUUAAUGGAACACGUUUAGACGACCGUCUUAUUCGUGUAGAUUGGGAUGCUGGCUUUAUUGAGGGACGGCAAUAUGGACGUGGCAAAACAGGAGGACAAGUACGUGAUGAAUAUCGUACAGAUUAUGAUGCCGGCCGAGGUGGAUAUGGCAAAUUAUUAUCUCAAAAAUUAGCUCCAAAUACCGAUAAUCGAUGACUUAGUUGUAAAUAAAUUUAUUUUUCUACAUAAUACAUGCGUUAAUAUUAUUCCGAGA